AUGCGACUUUUGCUAACGCAGUCACAAGUUUCUGUGGCACUCUCCUCCGGCGUUGUUGUCUUCUUCACUCUUCUGCUUUUCUUGUCCGGCUAUGUUCUGCAGCAAAAGACGGUGAAGGGGCUGCAAGAUGCCGUUAGGCCUCGAAUACCGCAGCGGCCUCCCGGCAGUGAAGCACAAGAGCCAGAGAUAGUAGAGCUAUCAAGGUCGAGACUGUUUGGGGGAAAUGGAGGGGAGAGAAUUGUCAGGACAGACUUCGAUCGUGAGGUGCACAGCUCAGCGGCAGGUCACCGUCUGGACUGGAAUCGACUCGCACACAUUCAGCUUGUGCGGAACCACCACGAUAUGUGCUCUGCGAUCAUGAUUCUGGCAGAACUCCACAAGCAAAAAAGCCCGGCGAGAAGGCUGUUGCUUUUCCCGAAAGCAUGGGCAGAGCAGAAGAAGGCAGAGAAAGGAGAGACAGAGGAUCCAUAUGUGCAAAGUACGCGCAGGUUGAUGAGACUCGCGGCGAGGAGGUACCAUGUCGAGCUACACCCGAUCGCGCCCAUAAGGACUGUCAAGAAUAAGGAUGGAGAGGAUGUCGAGACAUACAGUUUGGUGAGCGCAUAUGCUGUGCAGAACGACUUCGACCGCCUUUUAACGAUCGAGACUCCCGGCAUGCUGCUCGACGCCGAGCCACUGGACGCCAUUCUGGGCUUUACCGAAGCAGCGCCAUUCGUGAUGCUGCACGACACAGUCAAGAACGACAACGUUCAUUCGGAAGACAUGUUCCUGCUGCAGCCUUCGAAGACACUUUACAACACUUUGACCAAGACUCUCGAAGAGGAAGCAUACUCUGGAUUCAACGAUACAUAUCUUGCGUCUUUGUUUCCAGAGCCGGUACUGCUAGCAUCCUCAUCAGAGAGCAGUGCUUUGAUCCGUUCGGUCGGCACUCUCCACCAUGCAGGCCACGACUUCAACCAGACGGCGUAUCUGGACAAUGUCGCAUACAUACGCUUCUCUGAUCCAAAACUGCCAGGUCCCGAAUAUGAUGUUCCAUGGGCAGACAAGGUCGCAGCAAGACCGAAGAACAAGGACGCCGACUGGACUUGGACUAAGCUGUAUGGUGAAUUUGCACAGAUGAGAAUGGAAAUUUGUGGAUUGGAUUUGGAUAGUUGGAGGCCGUAGACGAAUGAGGAACGACUUGUAUAUGGGCUGUAGAGGGAUGAUACCAGGUCAGUUGGUGUUUGGAGUUGUGCUUUGAUGGGAGCACAUUGCACAUGAUUGCAGGAAUGUGGAUAGAGAUCACGUGCUCCCGGCCAUCAGUCAUGAAUUAUAUAAGCCUCGAUCGGCCGGUUGAGGUGACAUUCUGCCAUCAAUUCUUAACUAUUAUUAUUCAUCAACCCG